CUCUCUCACUCACUCUCUCUCUCUUUCUUUUGAAUAUGGCGAUCUCAUAGGAGGUUCCAUUCCCCUCGUUUCCAAUUUUAAUAUAACGAUAACAAUAUUCUGGAUGUCUGGGUUCACGAUUCAUAAAGAAACAGAAAAGAAAGGCAAAACCCAGUUCCUGAAAGGAUUGCCAUUAAUUUCUCGGCGUGGAAGAAGAAGGGAGAAGGGGAGCUCUUCAGCGAAUUUAGAUCCCGGCAAAUCUCAUUCCUCGAUACGUCCCAUGGGAUCAGAGCGGAUGGAGAUGCGCAAGCGGCAGAUGUCCGUGCAGCAGGAGCCUGUGAGCUCGGCACAGACACAGCAGGGCCCUGGGAACAGAGGCCCCAAUGCCUGCUGCUUCUGCUGGUGCUGCUGCUGUAGCUGCUCAUGUCUUACUGUUAGGAAUGAAGAAGGAGAUGAAAGGUCCAGAAGAGCAUCCCAUGAAAUCAGAACUGAUGACACCCUCAACUGUGAAGAAAGUGCAAAGCCUACUGUGGAAGAUGUGCGAUCCUGGGGACAGUCUUUUGACAAGCUGAUGAAAAAUCCUGCUGGCCGUAACACAUUCCGUGAAUUUUUACGAACAGAAUUUAGCGAAGAGAAUAUGCUAUUUUGGCUAGCUUGUGAGGACCUUAAAAAGGAAAACAAUAAGAGUGUUAUAGAAGAGAAAGCACGACUAAUAUAUGAAGACUACAUUUCAAUUCUUUCACCAAAAGAGGUUAGCCUUGAUUCAAGAGUACGUGAAGUGAUCAACAGGAAUAUGCUGGAGCCCACAUCGCAUACAUUUGAUGACGCACAGCUACAGAUUUAUACCCUAAUGCACAGAGACUCAUAUCCCCGGUUCAUGAACUCUUCGGUCUAUAAGAAUCUUCUCCAGACCAUAUCAGAACCUCCCUCAGAGUCUUAGUAAUAUUUCCUUUUUCUUAACGUAUAGAGCAUAGUAAUUCAUUGGGGGGCCCAAGAGCCUCUGUACAGGGACUUUAGAUUUAUAAAGUAGGAUGUGCACCUGAAAGUAAUACUCAGGCUUAUUUUACUAUGAACUUCAGAGUCUCAAACCCUGGAGAGGGCUCAACAUCAGAAGCCAAAUGCUGCUUCAGAUCAAGUUAGGAAGAAACUACAAAAUAUAAAUCAAGAAUAAAGUCAGAUAUUUCAAAAAACAAAAAACAAAGAGUAUGUAGUUGUUUUUUUACAACAGUCAAACACAGUACUCAAAGACAAGAGCUACAACUGAGGAAGUGCCUUGACUUUUCCUUUCUGACAUUAACUGGCUUACAUAAACUGAGCCUCCUGCAACAUUCACAAGUUGUCCUGGCCAGCAAUGGCAGCUCAAGGUGGUACUUCCACUUGUCUUGGAGUAUACUUACUUGAUAUAAUGGUAUGUGCGCAUAGUGCUAAUGAGAACAAUAUUGAUCAACCUCACGUUAUCUAAGCCAAUGGCUUGGACUAUACUGCCUAAAACAUGUUUUAUGGUUGUUGUUAAAUUUAUUAUUUUAAUAUCAGAGUUUACCUAAAAAAAUGAAAGAGAAAGGAAAAAAAAAUAUUUAAUAUUGAGUCAAUGUUUAUAAUGUUUCCUUUUAAAGAUUUUUUUCAGUUUUAUUUUGCAGAAGAAAUAACAGACAAUGUGGGCAUUUAAAGUCUUUUAAACAACAAUAAAGCACAAGAAUUUUA